CCCUUCAUUCUGUCAAGUGUCAUUGCAAAUUUGCUCUUAUAUAAAUUCAACGUUACCUGAAUUUUGGAGGUCAUUCUGUAUUUGUUAAAUGUUAGGGAUUAGUUUCUAUUUUUAUGUGUUGAAUUGGUGAUUUUAUUAAAGGAAGUGUUAAAAAAGCUCAAGCUAUAAACGAUGUUAUCUCUAUGUAAACAGAGCUUGUCUUCGAGCUUCCAAAGAGUGGGUGUACGAUGUAUAGGUUCGGUGCUACCUGAUAUGAAAAUCAAAGAUUUCGACGUCAAGAACGAACCUGUGCUAGAGUACUUGAAAGGGUCCAAAGAAAGGUCAGAAUUAGAGAAAGCAUUAAAAGAAGCUUCAUCACAGACUGAGGAUGUUCCCAUUGUAAUCGGCGAUGAAGAAAUUAGAAAUAACGAUGUUAGAUAUCAGGUAAUGCCACAUGACCACAAGAAGAAAUUAGCCAAAUUUUAUUACGCUGAUAAAACUCUUGUUCAAAAAGCUAUAGAUGUAGCAUGUCAAGCCCAGAAAAAAUGGGAUGCUGUACCUAUUUCAGAAAGGAUAAAGAUUUGGGACAAAGCAGCAAACUUGAUGGCAAAUCAAUACAGAGCCAAGUUGAACGCUGCUACUAUGCUAGGACAAGCAAAAACUAUGAUACAGGCUGAAAUUGAUUCGGCUGCGGAACUAAUUGACUUUUUCAGACUGAAUGCCUAUUUCUUAAAAGAAGCAACUAAAUAUCAACCCAUAUCAGAAAACCCAAGAGUUACAAAGAAUUCCAUGAGGUAUCGCGGGAUUGACGGUUUCAUAGCAGCGGUAUCACCAUUUAAUUUUACAGCUAUCGGAGGAAAUUUGGCAUACACUCCAGCCCUUAUGGGCAACGCUGUUUUAUGGAAACCCAGUGACACAGCUUUACUCUCGAAUUGGGUAAUCUUUAAAAUCUGCCGAGAAGCUGGAGUACCUCCUGGCGUAGUCAAUUUUGUACCUGCAGAUGGACCAGUAUUUGGAGAUACGAUUACCGCAUCUCCACAUUUGGCUGGAAUUAAUUUCACUGGAAGUGUUCCGACUUUUACAAGGUUAUGGAAGCAAGUAGGAGAUAAUAUAAACAUUUACAGAAAUUUCCCACGAUUAAUUGGGGAAUGCGGUGGCAAAAACUAUCACUUCGUUCAUCCCACGGCAGAUGUACAAAGUGUUGUCAAUGGUACUAUUCGUAGUGCUUUCGAAUUCUGCGGACAGAAGUGCAGCGCCUGUUCGAGAAUGUACGUUCCAGAAUCACUUUGGCCUAAGAUUAAGGAAGGACUGAUCGAAAAAAGAAAUCAACUAAAAAUUGGCGAUCCAACGGAUCCUGCUAGCUUUACCUCAGCUGUUAUCGAUGAUAAGGCUUUCAACAGGAUUAAAGGUUACAUAGAACAUGGUAAGAAGUCAUCUAAUACAGAAAUCGUUGCUGGAGGUAAAUGCGAUGAUAGUGUUGGCUAUUACAUUGAGCCCACGAUUAUCCAGAGCAAGGAUCCUAAGGACAAAUUGAUGGUAGAAGAAAUCUUUGGGCCCGUUCUCACUGUAUAUGUGUACAAAGAUGACAAAGUGAAAGACACCCUCAACCUAAUAGAAUCAUCAACAUCCUUUGCCCUCACAGGAGCUAUUUUUGCCCAAGAUGAGAAAUUCCUUAAGAGUGCUGUCGAAGAACUGAAAAUGACUGCAGGAAACUUUUAUGUUAACGACAAAUCGACUGGCAGCGUUGUUGGACAACAACCAUUUGGAGGUGCUAGAUUAUCAGGUACGAACGAUAAGGCUGGUGGUCCACAUUACGUCCUUAGAUGGGGAAAUCCACAAGCUAUCAAAGAAACAUUUGUUCCUUUAACAGAUAUCGAAUAUCCAUAUAUGAAACAGUAGAUAAAACUAUCUAUAUAAAUAUAUUUUUUUAGGUUUCAAAAAUUAGCAUAUUGCUUUUAAUGUGAUAAAUAUAAGAGUCAGAUGUAAUAGUUGUUGUUAUAUACAGGAUCUUUCUGGACUUAUAAGUUGUUACAAGGCAUUUAUAGGUAUAUAAUAUGGGGGAGACGAUUUUUUAUAAAUAUUUUUUAAUGGUAUACAGAAAUGCCAAGGGAUUGGGAGAGGAUAAAUUAACAACAGGACAAAAGCAGCUGGAAUGCUAUUUCACAACUAACCAAAAGAUUUCUUUGUUGUAAAGAAGUUUUUUCAAUAGCUGAUUCAAGAAUAAUUUUUGAAGUUCAAGCUAUAGAAUGUUCUAUUUUGUUUUCAUAUUAAUUAAUAGUUUGUACAUUGCGUCAAAAAACGUAAUUUGAUCUCAUAUUAGAAGUAGAGAUGGCAUAAAUAACCGUGUGUACUGAAAAGAAUAAUAAGUAAGGAAUCGUGAAGACUUUUACUGAAUUUUAAUUUUAACAUCAUUCGUCAAAACUCAUUUCAUCCAACAGACAUUUAAACAGAGUUGAGAAAAUAAUUGAUAAAUCUUUUUUGCGAUAAAGCAAAAAUUAGCGAGACUAUUUCACCUACCCCCAAAAUUCAUCACCACUGCCAUUUUCUUUUAGUAACGUAAGAGAGUGUCAAAUGGUUUUUCUCAAUGGAAUUUAUAAGUUUGCAAAUAUCUUGUAUAUAACUAUUUAACGUAGGAAAUUUUCUACCACGGAUUUAGUCUUAGGGUACGAACAUACCGAAGAUACAUGGAUGUGCGCGGUGAAGGUCGAGAUCGCUACAUCGAUGUCAAAACAAACCUUCGUUUUCUUAUCAGAUCGUACAUACCAAGAAUGUUUCAUCCGUUUACCCUCGCGACCUAUCAUCGCGGUUUACAGCGGUGUCAAUACCAGAACAAAAUAGUUUGUUGUACAUCGCGAUAGAGCUAUUGAUUGCCUGGUAAAUUACAACUUAAUUGGUAGUUUUUAAACCACGUGACAUUCGCCGGAGAUUAGCAUAAAUAUGCUGAAAUUUAUCCACACUUAUUCUCUUAAAAGCAUAAAAUCUGUCUGAGUGGUGUUUCUUAAGCUCUUUGAAUAGGUGAUGGCAUUCUUCCAGAUACUGCCUUUUUGAUUUAAAGGAUGAGCCGAAAACUGGCGAUUUGAAGAAUUACAAAUGAUCCACCACUUUUCACUUCAAGACAUGUAAUUACUGUCGUCAAUACUGUUGCUCAUGUACAUAAGUGUGAACAGCCGUAGCGCAGCGGCAUGAUACUGGCCUCAGAAGCCAGAGCGCCCGGGUUCGAGCCCCGGAACAGACAAUCCAUCUUUCAUUUCUAAAAAUGAUACGAACUGUUCACCGUGCCUCGGAGAGUACAUGUUAAGCCGUUGGUCCCCCUGGGCUAGUACAUCGACACUGCCCAGGCAAUCAAGCGACGUCAAGAACGUCGAGGAAACGUCAGUUUUUAGUUGAAUAUAUAUACGUGUUUGAAUAUUAUGUCGUAUAAACGUCUUUUGUAGGUGAUUUUAAAUACGUAACAUUAUUGACGUUAAAAUACGCCUAAAAACACGUUUUCAUUUCAGACAGCCUUGUCUGACAGUUUGACGUCACAAAAUUGGGAGGAGCUUAAAGACUUAAUGCUUAUGACUUCAAACAAUUUCCAUUAAGAAGUGUUUCAUUUAUUGUUUAGGUGCUUUGUGUGGUAAAAUAAGACUUCAUUUAGAUAUUUAGUUGAAGAAACUUGUUAAUUAAGAGAUUUUCAUUAGUUUUUCUCAAGUGAGUAAGUUUAAUACAAUAAUUCUUCUUGAAAACUGUUUGACGUUAUGUUUUAAUUUGUUUUGGAUAUGUUAUCGAGUUCAAUUAAAUUAACAAUAAAUUAUUUAUUAAUUUAUAUGUUGUUUCAAUUUUAACACAGUAAGUAUAUGUAUAUAAAAAGUGAAAAUUCUAUACAUUUUAGAGUCUUCCAAUUUGGUUUUACUUUUAGCCUAUGGGCUAAAUUUAAAACGGUUAAAUGAAAAAUUGCAAUACCAACAAUGCCCAUACGAAUAAAAUUAUUGUAUAUCUUUACAACCAUAAAAUGAAACAUAAUCUAAAAACGACAUAAAAACUACGUUUUUGAUAUCACGUAUUUAAAAGGUGAUAAAAAUGACGUCAAUUAUGGUGGGACAUAUUCACGUGACUUUCGACGUCGAAAAAACAUGAUAAACUGACGUGGUUUGGUGAUAAAUAUGACGUUUUUUCAACGUUUUGUAAACGUUAUUUGGUUGCCUGGGUAGUUACUUGAAACAGGGUUAAAGAUGCAAGUGGCGGCGGGACCUGUCCGAAAGGACAUCCCUGGCAAAAAUUCCAUACGAUAUUAUUAUUAUUAUGUACAUAAGUCAGUCACCUCAGAAGCCACAAAGUACACUGAAAGAAAGGUAUCUUCGGUACGUUCUGCCCAUCAUCGAUGUAAACCUCGACCCCCGACCUCCACCACACACAUCCAUGAAUCUCCGAUGUGUCCGUACCCUUACAAUCACCAGUUGAGUAUGUACAUUACUGUCUUUAAAUUUCGAGUAAUAAAAAAGACGUUUAUAGAUAGUUCUAAAUAGUAGUUCACUUUUCUACAGAGUUUAAAAUAUAAUCCAGAUAUUUAGGAAGUUGAACUGUAUAGACAAUAGUAAACUCUGAAAGUAUUUAUGAACAUUUUUUGUUUGUUACCAACACUUUGUAUUAUAAUAUGUAAUUAUUUUAUUUGUGCAUGUGUAUGUUGUAUAUUCUUUUUUUUAUUAUACACCGGUAAUACAUGUAAUUUCCAAAAUUAUGUAAGCAAUAAAUAAUUUAUUUUA